AUCAAAAUGUACAAAAUUCGAUCCGUGCAUGAAGCCUGAUGCUCUGCCAAUGCAUAGAAGAUGAAUAGAUGGUAAGAUUUUGGGUAUUAAUAGCUGCUGCAAAAAGACAUAACGUGGAAGAACCAACAAAAAUCAACGAAUGCUUUCUCUCUCUCUCACACACCUAUAAACACCGCCGCCUCUCUUUCCUCUCUCCGCUUCGUGUUUUAAAGUUUUGUUACCGGAAGAAAUGGUUGUGGAUCGGGUCGGAUCGGCGCAGAUCAAACAAAAUCAAAUGGAUACCCUAAGCCUUUGGGACAGGGUGGUGAAGGAAUCACGGGCGAGUUUGGCGAGUUACAUUCAAACGGAGUUGGAGGAGAUGCAAUCCAAUCCCUCCGACGAUUUCAAGUGCCUGGCGCUCAAGGUUCUUUGACUUUGGUUUAAUUUCACUUUGAAGGAUAAGUUAAGAAAUUGGAUUGGUGAUUCUGAAUUCUAUUUGAAUUUUGGGUAUUCGGUUCGACCUCAAUUGUUGUUUUUCGCAUUCGAAUUUGUUUUAAGAUAAUUUUAUGGUCAUUUGCGAAAAAAUAAAAAAGCCUUUUCUCUUUUUGAAGGCCUUUCGGCUAUUGAAAUUGGGCUUGUUGUUCGGCCGAAAUGCUAGUUGGUCAUAUCAUUGAUAUUUGUUUUCAGUCGAACCCAUAUGAUUGGCAAUUUGCAAUCAGAGGCCCUAAUGGAACUGAAUUCGAGGGCGGGAUUUAUCAUGGCCGGAUCCAGUUUUCGGAGAAUUACUUAGAGAGGCCAAUAUGCACGUUGUUGACGGAAAAUGGUCGCUUCAAAACCCAAACUGAGCUCAGUUUCAACUGGUCUUUCUCUUUGUCUUCGGGGAAGCGGUCAGUCGGGGUGCGAAGUGCUUUACUUAAACUUAUUGAGUUAUUGCCCACCUACCCAAAUGGUGCAUUGGGUUCAGUAGAAUACGAUAAGGAAGAAAGGCGUGCCCUAGCCAUCAAAUCUCGUGAAGCAGCCCCAAUAUUUGGCACUACUGAACGUCAAGAGUUAAUUGAUGAGAUUCAUAAAUAUAUGCUAAGCAAAGUACCCCCUGUUCCUUCAAACGGGGGAGGGGAUAUCCCGUUGAGUUCCCAAAAUGAUCGAGACGGAAGACAGCAGGACAUGGUUACCAAAAAAAGAAAAAGAAAGCAGGACAUCAAUUUAAUUUUUGGGAAUACAAUUAAUGCUGACAGUUGCAAGCAGGUAGGGAUUUUCGAUUUUGGGAAGAGGAUCAAAAGCCUAUGGUGGUGAUCAUAGAACAAAAUGUCGGCGAAAUGAUCGUAUUUUUGGGGCAGCAAUAUUUUAGCAUGUUUGGUUACAUGAAUUAUUUAGGAUGGUGGUGUUUUUAGAUGGGUUAAUUAAUGAAUUAUUUAAGGUGAAACGUGAUUUGCUGUUUAUUGCUUUUGAAAUAAAAUCUAUUUGACUUUUACGGGCCUGAGCUUUAUUUACAGGCCUAUUUGGAUU